AUGUCUCUCUCUACGCUAAGAAAGCAAGAUGAAAGUCAUGAAACCCCUGACCUACAAGAUCUUCUUACCCAUUUGUCUCGACUGGUUGAAUGGGAAACGUUUGGUGGUCUCAUGGGCGUUCCUUCUCAUGUGCUUGGUAGCAUUAAGGCAGAGAAUAGCACUAUCCAGAGUAGAGUGACGCACCUUCUUGACUACUUGGUAAAAAACGUGAAAGAUCUGUCUUGGAAGAGAGUCAUUGAAGCACUUGAGAAGAUACCAAACGAAAAGCAUUUGACAAAGACAUUUCCACAGUACCAGACACUACAUGAUCUAGCUAGAGUCGUUCCAUUGAAGGAGGAGGAAGGAUUUGGUCGUUCACUUGAUGACAUCACGUUACAAUUCACGUUCUUGGUCUCCAAAAUAGAGAAGGCAUUAAGAGAAGAAGCUAAUUUAGAUGACGUGCUUUCUUUUGUCAGCAAUCUUUGUCAAGUCUCUGAGCCUCAACCACAAACUAUCAGAGAGCUAUUCAAUCGCCUACAACCUCACUACAGCUUUAUGAGCUAUAAGACCUUGCAAGUGAUAGUAUCUAAAUUUGUGAUGGAAGCAAUGAGAGAGCACAUGGAAAAGUACAAUCAAGAAUUAACUCAAUGGUUGAAAUCCACAACAGUGCAAGAGUUCAAAGAAGCAGUUGAAACUGCAGCUUCUGAAGCAGCGGUUGAUCCAUCACCUGACCAGUGCCCUGUGGUCCUAAGGUUAGAAGGUGAAUGGCUUGACAUCACUUUGCAUAAUCUCAGAAAACUGUUGGAGUAUCUCUUUAAAAAGAAAAGUUCAAUAUUGACAAGAUUAAGAAUUGAAGAUGGUUCAGUUUUAGUUCAGCUGUUAGCUCCUCAGUCAGAAAUGGUUUCUCUUUUAGCACUUGCAAGCAGAAAACAUCAAGAAAUGGUUUACCUUGGCAUUGUAAGCAUUCAAGUUGGACCGCUCAGUUUUUCUGCAACACAUAUAACUGUUGCUGCUUUUACUUUUGAAGCAAGCUUGGGUGCUGCUAUAUGUGAAAGAUGUAAUAAAGCACUCAUUCAGUUUCUCUUGGAUAUAGGGACUGAUCCUGAUGGAGAUGAUCCUGUUCAAACACCAUUACUACUAGCAGCCAUGUCCAACAAUACAGAAGCUUUGUCCCUGCUGAUUAAGUACAACGCUGAUAUACACAUGUUCAACAGGCAACAUCUUUCAGCAAUACAUAUGGCUGCUUAUAGUGGCAACAAACAAGUUGUGGAGCUCUUACUGAAGGCUGGUGUGUCUCCUGAUCAUCACGAUCCAUUUUCAAAAUUCACCCCGCUCAUGGGAGCAGCUAUAUCUAAUCAUGAGGAUAUUGUUUAUCUGCUUCUGCAGAAAGGAGCUGAUAAAGAUUUUCGAAACGUUUAUAGUUAUAGUGCACUGAUGCUUGCCUGUGAAUCAGGAAGUGUUCAAAGUGCUUUAUUACUUCUUGAAGCGGGAGCUAACCCCAAUAUGAAGACAAUAGCUAAUAUGCCAUUUAAUCUAAAAGGAGGCAAAACAGCAUUAUACAUAGCUUGUGAAAAGGUGCCAUAUAAUCCAGAGCUAGAAGAGCUAGUUAAAGUAUUGCUGAUGAAGUACAAUGCUGACCCUAAUAUAUCCCUGGAUGAUGGAAGAACGCCUCUUAUGACAGCGUGUUAUUAUAGGCAACACAAAGUGGUCAACCUCUUGCUACAAUCAGGAGCUUAUGUCAACAAACAGACUGAUAGUACAAUGGGCAAGAAUACAGCACUUCUCUUAGCAAUUCAGCAAACUGACACAGCUUUGGUAUCUCUCCUGCUUAAAUCUAAUGCUGAUGUUAAUGUUCAAAAUAUUAAUGGCUGCACGGCAUUGGGCUGGGCUUGCCAUCGUGGCAAUGAUGAAAUGAUACAGUGUCUUCUCAAAGCUAGAGCUGAUCCUAAAAUUUACACAAACAAGAGAAUAUCACCUUUACUCAUAUACAUUUCAUCAUUUGACCCUAAAAAGUCAAGUACAGUAGCAGCACUCCUUAAAGCUGGAGCCAAUCCAAAUAUUCCUGAUAUUUACUAUAACAGAUCACCAUUACAUGCAGCAUGUCUUUAUCACCAUAAAGAUAUUGUCUCGUUACUUCUUAAAGCUAAAGCUAAAGUUAACACUCUUGAUUUUCAAGGAAAUACUCCGCUGUGUCUUGCUGCUUACACUUGUCACGAGGAGGCAAUAAAGCAAUUACUAGAAGCUAGUGCUGAUACUGAAUUAGAGCAAAACUCUAGUGGUUGGACUCCAAUCUUUUAUGCUGUUGCAAGUGGUCAUUUGGGAAUAGUCGAACUUUUAAUUCAACAUGGAGCCAACAUCAAACGAAAUAGAUACGGACAAACUCCUCUGGACCUUGCAGCAUACUUCGGUCACAUUGAAAUUCUUGACGCACUCUCUCAGGCUAACCAAACAUCAUCUCAAGCAGUUGUUAAAGCAAAACAUCAAAUCAAGAAAAGUAUGCUAGUAGCAGCUCAAACAAAAGAUGACAAAAGCAAGCAAGUUACUAAAGCAAAGAAUCCACUUGAAGAUGAUCUGCAAUCACCAUAUGACCUUAUGGCCUCCUAUAAUAAUUUCCUUUCUACCUUCUCUCCAGGCCAUGAAUCAAAUGAACAGCUACAAGAGAGUAAGAUGAAACACACAUAUGGUUUACAAGCAUUAGAAGCUACAAAGACACAUCCAAAAAUUGCGUUUUCUUCAAUUUGAAGUUACCAAGACUAUUCCUGCACUUAGUUAUACAUAUUAAGUUUUAAUGUCAUUUUAGUUAGUUUUUCCUUUCAAUAAGUGUGUUGAUUAUGUAUUCACAUUGCACUAAUUUAAAAUCAUUAUUAUAAUAAAAUAAAACUGUGGGUGAGUGCAUUAA